UCAAAGAAACAUGAAGAGGAGGAUGGCACCACAGACACUGCAACCUCGUCAUCCAACAAUCAUGAGAAGGACAGUGGAGUGGGACCUACAGAUGAGAGUCUGCGUAAUGAUGAGAGCUCAGAGCAAGAAAACGCACCCGAGGAGCAGAACAGCACUACCCUGCAGAGCAAACGGGAGCUGGGCCACAGCCAAGAUACGUUAGGAAGUGUUGAGCUCCAGUGCAAUGAAAGUUUUGUGUCUGGGGAAUACAUUGAGUCUGAUUUCAUAAGAAACCCAGAGGAGGAAUGUGAAAGGUUUCGGCAGCUGUUGGAACUGAAGUGCAAGAUUCGAAACCAUGGGGAGUAUGACCUGUAUUACUCAAGCAGCACAAUAGAGUGCAACAGAAGAGAGCAAGAUGGAGUGGAGCAUGAGCUGCAGCUACUCAAUGAGGAAUUGAGGAACAUUGAACUCGAAUGUCAGAAUAUUAUGCAAGCUCACCGGCUCCAAAAGGUGAGGGAUCAGUAUGGAGACAUUUGGACUUUACAUGAUGAAGGGUUCAGGAAUUAUAACACCAGCGUAGAUGUACAAAGAGGCAAACUGGAUGACAUCAUGGAGCAUCCCGAGAAGUCCGACAAGGACAGUUCCAGCGCCUACAACACAGCCGAAAGUUGCAGGAGCACUCCGCUGACAGUGGAGCGAUCCCCCGAUAGCUCUCUCCAGAGGAUGAUCAGCAUCACCAACAGGAGAAACCUGAGGAGCACUAUCGUGGCUAAUCAGUCAACCUCAGGACAAAGCAACAGGGAGCCAACCUCAGCCAAAACCAAACUCACUGAGCCAAACAGUGCUGCUGAGGAUGCAGUGCUGGCAUCAGAAAGCGGCAAAUUCACAGACCAGGAAAAGCAGAGCAGCGAGCACAUUCCUUACCUGUCUCCAUAUCACAGCUCUUCUUACAGGUAUGGGAAUAUACCUGCUCAUGCAAAGCAUUAUCAAAGCUAUAUGCAACUGAUCCAGCAGAAGUCUGCUGUGGAGUACGCCCAAAGCCAGCUCAGCCUGGUGAGCAUGUGCAAAGACUCGCAGAAGUGUGCGGAGCCCAAGAUGGAGUGGAAAGUGAAAAUAAGGAGUGAUGGGACAAGGUAUAUCACAAAGAGACCAGUUCGAGACAGAAUCCUGAAGGAACGUGCCUUAAAAAUUAAAGAGGAGCGCAGUGGGAUGACAACAGAUGAUGAUACAAUGAGUGAGAUGAAGAUGGGUCGCUACUGGAGCAAAGAAGAGCGGAAGCAGCAUUUGGUGAGAGCUAAGGAGCAGAGGAGGCGUCGGGAGUUUAUGAUGAGGAGCAGGCUGGAGUGUCUUAAGGAAAGUCCGCAGAGUGGCAGCGAGGGCAAAAAGGAAAUUAACAUUAUUGAACUGAGUCACAAAAAGAUGAUGAAAAAGAGAAACAAGAAAAUCUUGGACAACUGGAUGACAAUCCAAGAACUGAUGACACACGGUGCUAAAUCUCCAGAUGGCUCAAGAGUGCACAAUGCCUUUUUAUCAGUUACUACUGUAUGAAUGCAACUUCUUUCAGAGAGUAUACUACCAGUUUAGGUAGAGUACGAUUGCCUCGUUCAAUGUGGCAUUUUUAUAUAUUUUGUGACUGUUUAUAGUUUGACCUUUUUUGUAAGGAAAGUUACCUGGUAAUUUUUCAUUUGCUUUUCAUAUAACAGUACCUUCUUUAUCUGGCAGUCUUUCUUUAUCCUGCAAUAUAUUCAUAUUAUUCAUUUGUAGAAAAAAAAAAAAAAGAAAACCAAACCAAAAAAAAAAAAAGCCAAUUAAUUUCUUAACCUAAUACAUAUCCUGCAAGUUAAGAUCUGGAUUUAUUUCUCUAGUUUGUUUUUUCUACUUUAGUAACAAUACAAUACCAAAACAAAAUGCUUUAUACUGUAUCCUUGGCUUAAAAAGUUUUAAAGUUUUACAUCUUAGAUUUCAUCUGUUUAUAAAUCAUACACCACAUCCCAUCGUAUAGGUAAGAAUGACAUUUUGCCAACACAUUGUACAGUACAUUU